AUGGCGAAAAUCUCGUUGGGUUGCGAACCGGUGGUGGGAUCCCUAACGCCGUCGAAGAAGAGGGAGUACAGAGUCACAAACAGACUCCAAGAAGGCAAACGUCCAAUUUACGCCGUUGUCUUCAAUUUCAUCGACUCCCGUUACUUCAACGUAUUCGCCACCGCCGGCGGCAAUAGGGUGACUGUAUACCAAUGCCUGGAGGGUGGCGUUAUAGCUGUCCUGCAAUCAUACAUUGAUGAAGAUAAAGAUGAGUCGUUUUACACUGUUAGUUGGGCGUGCAAUAUUGAUGGAACCCCACUCUUAGUAGCCGGAGGACUCAAUGGAGUUAUCCGGGUUAUUGAUGCUGGCAGCGAGAAGAUAUACAAGAGUUUUGUCGGUCAUGGAGACUCAAUAAACGAGAUUAAGACUCAGCCACUUAAACCUUCACUUGUGGUAUCAGCAAGUAAAGAUGAAUCUGUUAGGCUGUGGAAUGUUCAUACUGGAAUAUGCAUUUUGAUAUUUGCUGGUGCCGGUGGUCAUCGAAAUGAAGUUCUCAGUGUGGAUUUCCAUCCUUCUGACAUGCAUCGCAUUGCAAGCUGUGGUAUGGAUAACACUGUUAAGAUCUGGUCAAUGAAAGAAUUCUGGACAUACGUAGAGAAAUCGUUUACUUGGACAGAUCUUCCUUCCAAGUUCCCUACAAAAUACGUACAGUUCCCAACAUUUAUUGCAUCGGUGCAUACGAACUAUGUCGACUGCAACCGUUGGAUUGGUGAUUUCAUUCUCUCUAAGAGUGUUGACAACGAAAUUGUACUGUGGGAACCAAAAAUGAAAGAGCAAUCUCCUGGAGAGGGCUCUGUUGAUAUUCUCCAAAAGUAUCCUGUUCCAGAAUGUGACAUUUGGUUCAUCAAGUUUUCCUGUGAUUUCCAUUAUAAAGCAGCAGCUAUAGGGAAUAGGGAAGGAAAAAUAUACGUCUGGGAAAUCCAGUCCAGCCCACCUGUCCUCAUUUCAAGGCUAUCACAUGUGCAAUCAAAAUCUGCAAUUAGACAGACCGCAAUGUCCUUUGAUGGAAGCACCAUUCUUUGCUGCUGUGAGGAUGGGACAAUAUGGCGCUGGGAUGUCGUAGCAAGUUCUUGA